GACAGUCACAGGGGAUUUUUCACAGCUCCAUGAUCACAAGGUCAUGCUACCUGUGAGAGCAACUGCAAAUCCGGCAGGAGUUAAAGGCAGAGAUGUGAAGGGGAUUUUACCUGUGAUGGUGCUAAUGGUGAUCAUUUUCUUGCUACUUCUGUUCUGGGAAAACGAGCUGAAUGAUAAUGUUGUGAUGACAUCGUUAGAACACUUGAAUGUAGACUACCCUCAGAAUGGUGUUCCUCUAAGGUACUGCAAUUAUAUGAUCCUCCAGAGAGGAAUAAGAGAACCUGACCACGCAUGCAAAAAGGAGCAUGUCUUCAUCCAUGAGAGGCCUCAAAAGAUCAAUAGCAUUUGUACUUCUCCCAAGAAAGUGCCUUGCCAAAACCAUUCUACUGUAUUAUGCUUCCAGAGCCAGACAAGGCUCAAAAUGACAGUCUGUCAGCUUAUUGAUGGCACCAGAUACCCUGCCUGUAGGUACCAUAUUUCCCUCACAACAGGGUUUGUGCUCAUCACAUGUGAUGGCUUUGGGCCAGUCAAUUUCCAAGGAUAUAUUGAAUAAUUUGAGAUCAGUGCCUGAGUCUGAGACCUUCUCAUCUCUGCUCAGCUGCUCUGGGACAAAGCUGAACCAUGGACCAGCGGUA